GGGGGCGGCAGCGGGGGCGGCCCGCGCUGCUCGGACGUGGCGGACAAGCUGCAGCAGCUGUUCGGCUGGCGGCAGACGUACAAGGUGCACAAGCGCCACCGCGGCCUCUCCCACCGGCAGCAGCUCACCGCCACCAUCAGCGCGCCGGCAAACUCCACGGGCAACGACGCGUGGGUGGUGGUGCACAACCUGCGGUCUCAAGCGGGCGGCGGCAUCCUGGACCCCGACGACCGGCUGCUCGACGUGGCCGACGACCGCGAGCAGAUCGUCGCCAACUUCGAGGAGAGCGGAGGCGGGCCCGGGGGCGGCGGCGGCGGUCCGCCCAUGCUGCUGCCCCACGGCGGCGGCGACGGAGCCAGCGCCGGCGGCAGCUCAGUCGGCACCAGCAGCCCCGACAUCUUCCAGGGAGACGGGCGGUACGCGGCCAUCGAGGUGACGGCGGAGUCGGCCCCGGCGCCGCCUCCGUCGCUGCAGGUGCGCCGCGGCAGCGAGCCGGCGCUCAACCAGCUGGUGGCAUCGGCCGCACCGAUAGGGGGCGCGGGGGCGGCGCAGGGCGACCCGCUGGGGGGCGGCGGGGGCGGCGGCGUGGGAGUGCUGCUGCUCGCGGCCGACGGCGGCUCCAAGCGCUGGUCGGCCACGCCCGCCGUCCCGACGCAGCCCGACGGCGAGGCCCGCGGCGACGCAGCCGACAAGGACGCCGCCUGCCGCGCGCCGGCCAACGGCAGGCUGCGCGCCCCGCCCGCCAGGAAGGAGUCUGUGUCAGCUCGGCGCGCGCUGCAGCUGCCGGGCGACUGGCGGGACGCGGAGGCGUCGGCGAAUCGUUUCGCGCGCGACGGCGGCUCGCGGCUGUCGAUGCAGUUCGGCAGCGACGCGCGCUGGGCGGACGCGGCGGACCGCGUGGCGUCGCGGUCGCUGCCGCGGGACGCGCGCUGCCGGCGCGAGCCUCUGGGGCAGGCCACCGCCGCACCCGCCUCCGCCUCACCGCCCCCGCCGGCGCUCUUCCUGCAGCGGCCGCGAAGGCCGCAGCGCCGUGGCUCCACCUCCGACGAGGACGACGAUCUCGCCCCCGAACAAGUGGAGUAUGUGGUGCUGCACAAUGAAGGUGGCUGUCCUCUUGGGAUCCAUGUGGUGCCAGAUUAUGACUCUCGUGGCCGUGACCGUGGCCUGCUAGUACAAGGUGUCGAGCCAGGAGGUAGAGUUGCACGGGACGGUCGACUGGCUCCAUUCGACCGCAUCGUCGAAAUCAACGGACGAAAUCUCCUCGACCUACCCUUCCAUCGGGUGCAAGAGAUCUUCAAGGACUCUCUUCAGUCACCGGAAUUGAGACUGCGAGUUGUAAAACACCACAGGUCAGCAGAGGCACCAAAGAAGCCCCCAGCACCUGUCUUCCCGAGGUCUCUUACUGACGCUCUCACAGAGAGGGACAGCGUUGCCAUGGUUGAAGGCGAGGAAAGAACGAGCUUAGGUACCAAAGUAGCAACAGUUUCUCCUACAAAAAAGGUAUCCUCCCCUGCAGUGCGUCCACCUGCAGGUUCUAGUCUAAUAGCUGCCAAUACGAGAAAGAUUGGCCGAAAAAUGGAGCUUGAACUCACAAAAGGUCCACAUGGUCUUGGGUUCAGUAUUACAACACGUGAUAAUCCAGCUGGUGGAAAUUGCCCCAUAUACAUAAAAAACAUACUUCCUAAGGGUGCUGCUGUGGAGGAUGGUCGCUUGCGCCCAGGUGACCGCCUACUGGAAGUGAAUGGUGUUGAAAUGACAGGGAAGACGCAGGCAGAGGCAGUGGCUGUACUGCGUGAUGCUGCUCCUGGCAGUAAGGUCCGCAUUGUCGUCUCACGCCAAGAGGAUGCGGCUCCCAGCCCUGCUCUCCCACGUCAGAUUGUGGAGGAGCGAUCAGCAGCAGCAGUGCAAGGGCGGACGCAGACAGGCUCAGGGCGGGACAACGGGGAGUGCGACCUGGUGGUGGCAACAGCAACCCCAGCAGCCACCCAGCAGCCACCAGAGAAAGCGAAUGAUGAUGGCCUCAUUUUCCCGUGGAAGCAUAAAGAGAUACUGACUUUUGAUAUUCCUGUUCAUGAUACAGAGAAGGCUGGCCUUGGUGUGAGUGUGAAGGGCAAGACAACAGCAAGUCAUGGAAACGCUCAUGGACAGUCCGGAUCCACAGACCUAGGCAUCUUUGUAAAGAGUGUGCUACAUGGCGGAGCAGCUUCUCGUGAUGGUAGAUUGCGCACCAAUGAUCAGUUGCUCAACGUUAAUGGAAUAUCUUUGCUCAAUCAGUCAAAUUCUGAUGCCAUGGAGACCCUUAGGCGUGCGAUGGUACAUAUGGAAGGCCCUACCCCUGGUAUAAUAACUUUGACAGUAGCACGAUGUGUAACAUCACAUGGGCCCAACAGUAGUCAACCAUCCCAUUCUGGCCGUGAUUCAGCCAGCAGUUUGUUGACCAGUUCCUCAGGUACAGAGACAUUUGGUGGAAAGAAUGAUGUUGAGGGCUAUAAUCCAGAUAUCUCAGCUGUCAGUGAGAACUCUGAAAACAACACUGUCAUCUUUCUGCCAUACGCCAGUAAAGAUGAAUCCCAUGAUUCUGUGAACAGAAGCAAUAAAUCUUCAGCCAUUGGUGCAAAUGGAAGGCGACUUGGUGCCAUUGAUGGUCUGAGCACACGCCAUCCUGUGAUUGAUAGAUUGACUGGCCAAGUAACUAAUCCUCAUGCACUUAGAAAUGAAAGUUAUUACAGGGCAACUAAUGAGACCUGGAACACAACUAUGUUGCUCAGUGGCACCACAGCUGACAAACUGGUGAGUCCAACUGUCAACCCUCCUGCUGGAGAAAUGGUCAUGAUAGAAGAAGAAUAUGUUCCUCAGCAUAGGAUGGAUGCAGAAAACCACAGGUUAGAAAAGACAUCAAAUGGCAGCCAUAAGUCAGAAGAGACUAAAGACAUCGAACGGAGGCCUGACAGCAAAGGAAAACAAUCUGCUGAACAUGGCAGUGAAGUUCCAGGGGUUGAUGCCACAUACUCGAGCCAAUUAUCAUUAGAGGAAGCUGCAGCUGGAUUUUCAAGAGAUGCUUUUGGUCGACAGAGCAUGUCUGAAAAGAGGCAUGCAACAUUAGAUGCCAAGCACACGGACACCUAUCAACGCAAUAAGAAAUUGAGGGAAGAGAGAGAGCGACAACGACAGAUGCAACAGCAGCAGCAGAACAUGAAUGACCUAAAAAAGACUGACAGAGAUUUAAAACAUGGUGCAGAAGCCAAACAGAAUCGAGAAGUAAACGGUCCCAACUUGCUGCGGGCAAACUCAAUUGAGUCUGUAAUUAGCUUAACUCGUUCUCAGGCUGACUCUGAAAGAUCGGACAUACAAGGUAGAAAAGAGUUUGGUCCAUCUUUAGGUAUGAAAAAGUCGUCAAGUCUAGAAUCCCUACAAACUAUGGUGCAAGAGAUCCAGAUGCAGGAAGACUGUGAUCCAGCUUACACCUAUCGUAAUGCACAGGGGGUUGUGCGUGUGGUAAGGGGCCGUGGGUGUAAUGAAAGCUUCCGCGCAGCAGUGGAUCGCAGUUAUGAGGCACCUCUGGCUGAUGUUCGGGCUCGAGCAUUGGAUAUGGAAACUCUAGAGAAGCAUUACGCAGUGGAAGCUCGAUUGUUCCAAUGCCUAGUUGCUGAGGAGGACGUGUCAGCUGGGCAGGGUCUGGGGGACUCUGAGUGCGGCGUUUCUCGUGGAGGCCCUCGGCAGUCUUCCAUGAAUGCAGUUCUUGAUGGAAAAAUGAAAAUUGGUAACUCUGCAAGUGGUGCUGGACUGAAGAAGAAACCAGGCUUACUCAAGGGCAUUGGCUCCAUGUUCAGAUUUGGGAAGCAUCGGAAAACACUUGAUGCACCUAUACAACUGGGACGUGAAGAUAACAUGUCAAGAGUACCUGAGGUGGCUGGCGGAGAGAGGGAGGCAGCACGUAGAGCAGCCCAGGAGGAACAGCGACGUAUCCAGGAGCAAUACCAGCGACUGGUGCAGCGCCAGCGACAACUUGAGGUUGCCCAAAAGCAACAGCAGCAAUCACAGCAACAAAAUUCUCAACAACAGUUUCAGCACCAAAACAACCACCAACAGCAGCAGCAGCAGCAGCAGCAGCAGCAACCCCCAUCUUUGCACCACAACUCAGAAACAGGAGUUGAUGGACAUCAAAGAGAAGGUUCAAGCUCAUCUUCGUCAGGACCAUCCACCCAGUCACAGUCGCGUACAGAACGCAUUCAUCAACUUCGAGCUCAACAUCAGCGCAAACAUGCUGAGCGACGUGGACAGUAUCCUCUUGAUGAUCGGGAAGAGCGAUACGAAGAAGCAAUACGCCAGCAGCACCUUGACCGGCCAGAGGCGUCACAUGGCCGAUCAGCAAGCUAUGACCUGUAUGGUGAGAUGACACGACCUGGUAGCAGAGUAGGCAUCACAGAUCCGGCAAAGUUUUCUCACUAUGUGAAUUAUGAGGAAAUUCAACAACAUCUCAACAAACGCAAAGAACAGCUCUCUGAGGUUCAGAUAAUGCAAAUGAGACUCCAGGUGCAGCAUCAGAGAUUUAAGGUGGAAGAAGAAAGUCGUAGGCAACAACAUUACCAUUCUCAGCGGCGAGACAGCCGGGAACUGCAUCAGCGACCUGCAUCAAAUUUCUAUGAGUAUGAAAGUGUACAAGCUGUGAUGCGUGCAAAUCAACAGUUGCGUGGAGCAAGUGCUCCUCUUGUGGAUGCAAAUUCCAAUUCUCUCCCACGAGGACGUCGGGAAGGAGAGACACAAGAUGGCAGAGUUAUGGUAAAUGGACCAGCAGUUGGCAGCAACUAUCACCGCAUGUAUCAGCCAGCACCAGCUAAGAGCAUCAAUGUCCACAGAGUUGCAACAGGAGCAAUACACUGGGGAACACAGCACAGUCAUGAUGGCAUGAGAAAUUCUGGGUCAGGAGCUCCUGCAGCACGAGUGCAAGGGCCUUUUGUUACACAGGUUACCAUUGGCCAGCAACAGCAACCGCCAGGAUAUGAAGUCUGAUUGAAGAAUUGUUGUGAUGCAUUUCUGACAAAUAAGUGCUGUUUAGGCAAGGACUGUGUGUGUCAAACUUACUGAAGAUAAUGAUCUGACUAAUCUUACAUUUGUAAUGUAAGUGGUAGUUUUAGCAGUUUAAAACAUUGCCAUGUUUUGAAAGUAAUUGUUAUGGUGUGAGAGACAACUGUUAUAGUUGUCAGUAAAUUGUUUGCUGUAAUAUUGGUGUCAUUUUCUUGAGGUAUGUUUGAUUGGCUUAUGCAAAUCAAAACUCUGCAUUUAAUGGAGGCCAUUUUUUGAGCCACAUUUUCCAGUGGAUAUGAUGGCAUCUACCAUAAGAUUGUCUUGUAUGUCAUGGCAUAGAUAUUGUAUGGAAACUGGAAACGUGGCUGACCUAAUAGUACAAAACUUCAUGUAAUAGGAUUGAAUUUUUAUAUUUUUACAUGCGUAUAAGUAAGUAUUAAUGGGUGAAUACCUGCAUCUCAUUAUAGAACAAAUUGUGGUAGUAUGUAGCACAUCAUACAUAAAUUUUCUCAUUGGUUUCCAAACUAUUUUCACUUUCCAUAAUAGCUAUUGAAUUCUGUUUCUGGUUAUUGUGAGCCUACAGGUACUCCUUCUUUUAUGAUAGCUUAUGCUUCAAAAAGGUUACCAGGCAGAGCUGUGGUUUGGGACGCAUUUAAUGCCCUCUUCAAGUUUUGUAACUGAUUAUACUUGACACAGGUGACCAAAUCACUUAUAGGUUUCAUAGUGGUGAUUGCAAUCAAGGAGAGACAAAGUUCUUAAAAAUUAAGAAAGUGCUUACUGUGCAGGAUGAUGCAAAGAAUCACAUACUUCCAAAUAAUUUAAGUCCAUUGAUAGACCAGAAGUAUCUUAUUCACAUUGGAUAGAUAGUAUUGAAGGGAGAGUGCUCACAGAUAAUUUGUGCUGCAUUUAGAGGUAAAUCUACAUUGUGUAUUAGAUGAAAAAAUUCUAAUUCUGAACUGUGAUAAUGUUAAAUUUAUAAAUCACUGUAAAUAUGUGUAAAAUUUGUGACUUAUAAUUUUAAAAUAACCUUAUGUACCAACACUUUGUAUUUGUUAAGUCUGAAUGAUGCUAUAGUUUGUGGAAAGAUAAUACAGAGAUCAGUGUGCAUACUCUUCUGAAAAUAUUUUUACUAUUGACAUUUUCUUCUUUCUCAUUCACAUUGAAGUUUUGCUACUUCAAUAAGCACAUGCUCAGCAUUUUUAGUGGGAAAUGUAAAUUAUGUAAGCUCUUGAACUGUCUGUCUAUAUUAGUACAGUCUUGAUGGGACUUACCAGAAAGUUGUAUAUACUAUAUUACAUAUGUUAUGUAAUGUACAUAAUGUUUUUGCAUUGUACAUUUAAUGUUGCUAUGUUUAUGUACAUAUUUUUAAACAUGUAUGA